AAGGCCUCUUCUUCUUCCCCUCUUAUCUCCCAACCCAUCCUCCCUCUCUUCUCCCUGUGGAAGGCGAGAAGCGCACAAGGAGAGAGCGAGCGUUGGUUGCCCCGGGCGCUCCCUCGGCCUCCGAAGACACUGCCUUGGCCGACCCGGACGUCAUGGAGAAGGACGAGCAGAAGGAGAAGCAGCCCGGGGAGGAGCAGAGCGGCGACGCGGAGGAGAAGAUGAACAGGAAGCUCAGCUGCACCACCGUCGACGAGGACGGCGGCGACGAGGACGACGAGGAGAAGGGACCCGUGGAGCUCGGCCCGCAGAUCGGGCUCAAGGAGCAGCUUGAGAUGGACAAGGACGACGAGAGCUUGAGGAAGUGGAAGGAGCAGCUCCUCGGAAGCAUUGAUCUCAACGAAGUCGGAGAGACCCUCGAGCCAGAUGUGAAGAUCCAAGACCUCACCAUCCUCGCCCCCGACCGCCCCGACGUCGUCCUCCCCAUCCCCUUCGUCCCUGACGCCAAGGGCUUCGCCUUUGCCCUCAAGGACGGCAGCCGCUACCGCCUCAAGUUCACCUUCACCGUCUCCAACAACAUCGUCUCUGGCCUCAGAUACACCAACACCGUGUGGAAGACGGGAAUGAAAGUGGACAGCACCAAGGUGAUGCUGGGAACGUUCAGCCCCCAGAAGGAGCCCUACACGUACGAACUGGAAGAAGAGGCGACCCCUGCGGGUUACUUCGCCAGGGGAUCGUAUUCUGCCAAGACGAAGUUCGUGGAUGAUGAUGGGAAGUGCUACCUGGACAUGACUUACUACUUCGAGAUUAGAAAGGACUGGCCGACGCCGGCUUGAUGGAUGGAUCGCAAAGGGUUAUGAUCACUUGUGCUGUAUCAUCUGUUAUCGUCGAUCCGGAAUCGAAUUCACAGCUGACUUGUAGGUUUGCUUUGAGUUUGAGCUGCAGUUGUUCCAGGGGGAGAUGUUAAACAGACAUCUAUUUUGUGAUGUUGACUCACAAAUCUACUGGUUCUUUGUUGUGGGUGGGUGGGUGAAAUAACAAGCUUGCAGGGUUUUUGGACACUACACUUCAAAAGCUAAGACUGUUUCUUUGGCUUCUCUAACAUGACAUUUUGUAUUGCUUCCUUCCA